UCACUGGAAUCUUAAAUGAACAGGAAUCUGACUGCACAGCUGCGGUUUGCUCUGAUGCGCUUGCGAAGUUCCUCCCUCAAGAGUUACGUAACAAAUGCUUUUUGGAGACAGCCAGCCAGCCUGUGGGAGGGGAAACACUCCACCGCUUUCAAGUGGGGAACAGUUCACUCUCAGUUUUCCUUUUCCUGCACACCCAAGGAAUCAGUCAUGGCUGCAGAAGCAAAGCAGACUUGUUAUGAAGGCAGUUGCGUCCAAAGCUUUCAGUUCUACCUAGAACACUCAGAAGAGCACGAGGCCAUCCUGCAGUGUGUUCACAACCUCCUGCCAGGAGAAUUUCAAAGAAUUGGAGCAGGCAAAAGCAGUCUGGAUAUUCUUGGUGUUGGAAGCGGUGGAGGAGAGAUGGACACCCAGAUGCUGACACUGCUGCAGUCCACAUUCCCCGCUAUCCCGAUCACUGCUGACAUUGUGGAGGGCAGCUCAAAACUUACAGACAACUUUAAAGCGCUGGUAGCAAAGACCGCCAACCUUCAGAACAUCCCCUUUGGUUGGUAUAUCAUGAACAGUGGGGAGUAUGAGAAGCAAGUCAAAGCUAAAGGAGACAUGAAGAAAUUUGACUUCAUACACAUGAUUCAGAUGAUCUACUAUGUGGAUAACCUCGCCGACACCAUUAGGUUCUUCCACAGCCUCCUGAAGAACAAUGGCAGGCUUAUGAUCAUCAUUGAAGCAGCUAAUGGUGGCUGGGACACCCUCUGGAAGACCUACAAGAAAGAGCUCUGUGUCGAUGCUAUCACAGAAUAUCGCUCUUCCGGAGAGAUUAUUGCCUGCUUGAAAAGCCUUGGUCUGAAAUACGAUGAACACACCAUACCCAACAGCUUCGACAUCUCUGAGUGCUACAAUCCAAGCAGCCAGAUUGGACAACGUCUGCUGAAUUUCAUGACGGCUCAAGAUCACUUCGAACAGUACUUCACCCCAGAGAUCAGAGCAGGCAUGUUGGACCUUCUCAGGAACAAGUGCAGCACUGAAAAAGAUGGCAAAGUGUUGUUCAACAGUACUCUGAAAUGCAUACUUGUUCAUGCUUGAGUAUGUCAUAUACAAUCAAAAUGACCUUUGUAUAUUAACUUUACCCUGUCAUGUGAUUAAAUAAGAAGGGGUUUGCCUAACAUUGAAUUUACCAUUUAGAGUAGUGUUCAAUCUCUUUGGCCUAUAUUCCCCAAACUGACUCUGUUUGUGCACUAAAAUAAUCAAUAAACAUUAAAUUCAACUUUAAA